AUGCAUCGCGUUGCGACUAGAAUUCACCGUUACCCGCUUACGCGCAAUCAAUGGACACGUAUGAAUAUCUUCGAGGUCGUGCCAAGCUGUCGCCGUAAAAUUUUUAACAGCGCAGUCUCCUCGGACAAUAUUUUUCAUAGCUCUGGGACCCAGGAGAAUGGGCAGACUGGGGCUCAGAAGGCGCAUUGUGCACCUUUCCCCAGCCGCACCCACACAUGUGGGGCGUUGAGCUCGACUGACGCAGAGUCUAGGGUAGUCCUUACAGGUUGGCUCUUGCCAGAACGAAAAUUGAACAAAACCCUCUCCUUCUUCUCUAUUAAAGACUCAUACGGCUCCACGCAGCUGGUGGUAUCGGCGAAUGCGGGAGAGUAUGUCCUCCAGACCAUGCGUGACAUCCCGAUAGAGUCUACUGUCCUUGUAGAAGGAACAGUUCGAAUGAGACCCCAAGGACAGAGGAGAGCACUCCCUGCAGGGGAUGUAGAAGUUGUCGUUGAUCGCUUCAAAUUGUUGAAUCCUGCCGAUCGUAAUCUCCCAUUUAUGCCUUCCGACUCACAAAACUUGGCAAACGAGGAGCUUAGACUUCGAUAUCGCCAUCUGGACCUCCGAAGAACAGCCUUAACAGAAAACCUCCGGAAGCGUAGCGAGGUGGCUCGAUUAAUGAGAACCGUCUUUGAAGAGGAAGGUUUCACUGAAGUUGAAACCCCUAUGCUGCUGAAAUCUACACCAGAAGGAGCACGGGAAUUCGUUGUCCCGACCCGCGUCGUGUCUGCCUCUGGUGCAGCGUUGAUGUCUCCCGAUUCUGAGCCGACAGUCGGGUUACCUCAGCCUCUCUUCUAUACUCUUCCACAGUCACCGCAGCAGCCCAAGCAACUGCUUGUAGCGUCUGGUGCAGUAGAUCGCUACUACCAGCUGGCGCGUUGUUUCCGUGACGAAGACGGACGCAAGGACAGGCAGCCAGAGUUCACCCAGGUCGAUCUAGAGAUGGCAUGGGUAAGCUGGGGCGAAAGUCAGGAACACAGCCAAGACAGCAACACGGGUACUGGGAGCUGGAAUAUUGGUGGAUCUGAGGUUCGCGAUGUCGUCGAGAAGCUCAUUCGCCGUGUCUGGUCCACAGUCGAAGGGAUUGACUUACCGCACUUCCAAGUCAUGCCUUACGAAGAGGCGAUGAGCAGAUUUGGGAGCGACAAACCAGACUUGCGAUUCGGCUUGGAGAUCCAAGACAUCACGCCUCACUUACCCCCUUCAACCCGCGCUGCGUUGUCUGAACGGCAAGAAAUCAUUGAAGCGUUGGUGGUCAGCAAAUCCGAUGCUGAUGACCUCGGGGUCGCUGCAAAGCAACUGAAGAGGCAAGAACGGGAAUACAUCGAACGUAUCGAGGUCACCGAAGAAUCUGAUGCGACAUGGCACGAAAGGAGUAAAUUGAUAUCCGAACUGACACAGCGGGGGGAGUCGGCAAGCAAGAACAUUAAUAAUGAGCUAGGAAUAAGUGAGGGAGGAACGGUGUGGCUAAUGAAACGACACCGCAAACCAGAGGGAGGUUCCACUGCAUUAGGUCGUCUUCGCCUUCUUGUUGCAACUGCGGCUGAAAAGCUGGGCUACAAGAUCAGUACUGAUCCGAAGUUCCUCUGGGUAACUGAAUUCCCUUUGUUCAUGCGCGGGGAUGCGGAUAAAGAAUUCCUUACCCAUGGCCGGAGAAGCAGUACGCACCACCCGUUCACUGCACCAAUGUGGCAAGACAUCGAAAAAAUGUAUGCAGGGCGGUUUGAUGAGGUACGGGGACAACACUAUGACCUCGUCCUGAACGGCGUGGAAGUUGGCGGAGGUUCCGUCAGAAUCCACGAUGCCGGCAUGCAGGAGUUUAUCUUCACCAAAAUACUUCAGCUCGAUGAGAGAGAGAAGUCAUCCUUCCACCACUUACUCCACGCUCUUCGUUGUGGAGCCCCCCCACAUGGAGGAUUCGCGUUCGGAUUUGACCGCCUGAUGGCCAUCCUCUGCAAAGCAGAGUCCAUUCGAGAUGUUAUCGCCUUCCCUAAAACAGGAGCAGGCACGGACCUACUUUUCAGAAGCCCCGCCCCUGUCGGUCGAGACGUGCUUGAUCAAUAUGGUAUUCAACCUACUCAUAGUGCGCUACAGUUGAAAGAGGAUGAAAGGAGCUUAGAGGAGAUAUAG